UCUCGCGCGCGCAGCAGAAUCAACUUCCAGGUUCCACCCGUGCGGAGCGGGAGCGGGAUGAGGCCAGCGAUCGUGUUGUUCGGGGAUUCGAUAACGCAGCAAUCUUUCCAGCCGGGCGGAUGGGGUGCCGCUCUCGCCGACGCUUACUCUCGCCAGGCGGAUAUAGUCCUCCGUGGAUACGGCGGGUACAACACCCGAUGGGCUCUCUUCUUGCUGCACCACAUUUUCCCCCUGGACUCUUCAAAGCCUCCAGUAGCCGCCACAAUAUUUUUUGGGGCAAAUGAUGCAGCUCUUUCAGGAAGAACUAGUGAACAUCAACAUGUGCCUGUCGAUGAAUACAAGGAGAACCUCAAGAAGAUCGUUCAUCACCUCAAGAAAAGUUCCCCCACAAUGUUAAUUGUGCUUAUUACCCCACCACCAGUUGACGAGGAAGGACGUAAUGAAUAUGCCAGAUCAUUGCACGGCAAGAGUGCUAGAGAGCUGCCAGAAAGGACUAACGAAGUGACUGGAACUUACGCGCAGCAGUGCGUUCAGUUAGCCAACGAACUGGGGGUCCGCACAAUCGAUGUAUGGUCCAAGAUGCAGGAAACCGAGGGGUGGCAGAAAAAGUUUUUGAGUGACGGGCUGCACCUGACGCCAGAAGGCAACGCAGUGGUUUACCAAGAAGUCGUCCGGGUGUUCAGUGAAGCUUGGCUUCAUGCCGAAGAAAUGCCCUACGAUUUCCCUCACCACUCGGAAAUCGACGGAAGCAAUCCUAAGAAAGCUUUUGAGCAAAGGUGCCUUUAGCAUCAAGUGACUCGGAUGGUUCAUCUUUUUCUCAUCUUCUAAUUAAACAUAUCAUGCUCCCCUCUCACUCAGCACCAUACAGCACAAUAAUGGAUGGUUCUUUUUCUUUAUUUAUUUUUCCUCCUUUGGCAUGUUAUAGUCAUUAUGACAUUGUAUUGCCGGUUCCUUUUGAUUCAUUGACCCGGAAAUAUUCGUUCUUUAGGAUCGUUUCCUAAAGAGACUGUUACA